ACAUGCCUUUCCUCUGGUUGGGCCAAGCAAGGGGAAACCUGUGAUGGCUCCGAGCGCGGAAGGUGGAGAAGGAACCCUUGGCCGGGGGGUCCGCAAGGGCAUUCGGGCUGUACUGCUGGGGCCGCCCGGGGCCGGGAAGGGAACCCAGGCUCCUCGGCUUGCUGAAACAUACUGUGUGUGUCACUUGGCCACAGGGGACAUGCUGAGGGCCAUGGUAGCUUCUGGUUCAGAGCUGGGGAAGAAGCUGAAGGAGACCAUGGACUCUGGCAAGCUGGUGAGUGAUGAGAUGGUGGUGGAGCUGAUUGAGAAAAACCUGGAAACUCCUCCUUGCAAAAAUGGCUUCCUUUUGGAUGGCUUUCCCCGCACGGUGCGGCAAGCAGAAAUGCUUAAUGAACUCAUGGAGAAGAGGAAAGAGCAUCUUGAUUCUGUCAUUGAAUUCAGCAUUGCUGACUCCUUACUCAUCCGGAGGAUCACAGGACGGCUGAUCCAUCCAGCAAGUGGCCGCUCAUAUCACGAGGAAUUCAAUCCUCCUAAAGUUCACAUGAAGGAUGAUGUGACUGGAGAGCCCUUGAUCCGCCGCUCAGAUGACAAUGAAGUAGCUUUGAAAACCCGGCUGAAGUCCUACCACACCCAAACUACCCCGCUGGUCAACUACUACACCCAACGUGGGAACCACACAGCAAUUGAUGCUUCCCAGUCCCCUGAUGUGGUGUUUGCUAGCAUCUUGGCAGCUUUCUCGAAAGCCACAUCUGAAUGAAUCCAGGCAUUUGACAGAACGGGACAUCAUCAAGUGCUGCAUGUGCCAUCAUCCCAUCCCUUUGCCUUUGGGACCAGGAGUGGGGACAGCAGGGUUUUAAAAAAGGGUUUACAGAGUAGGGAAAGUAAAAGAAUGGGGGAGGGGGGACCAGAAUCAUGUACAAGAGGAGUGUCCAUCCUAAAGAAACCAGUGUUUUGGGAGGACAAAUUAAAACUAGUUUGGGAAGCAUAGCCUUUGUAGCUUUGAAACAUGAGCACUGAUUGGAGGCUGUGCAACUUGGCUUGGCUUCCAAAGCAGAGGGUUUUGUUUUUUUUAAAUCUCAAGCACCUAUUGGCUUUCCCUUGACAAUUCAGAUGAUUUAGAAAGCUCACUCCAAAUGUAUUGCAACAGUUCCCAAACACUGAGCUGCAAGAAAUGGAUUAAGUGUUCCAGCAAGUCUAGAAUAUCCAGCCACAGAAGAUGCUACUUGUUGUUUCCCUGUGUGGUUUUGCCACUCUGACCUUGCUUUCAUCAGGGUGUACAACCAAUAUGCUAUAGAUUGGAGUCCCCAACCUUUUUGAGCCUAUGGGCAUCUUUGGAAUUCUGACAUCACAGGAGGUGGAGCCAAAAUGGCUGCCCCAGGAGGUGGGCAGUGUGGUAUAGUGGUUAAGACCAGCAGUAUCUAAUCUGGAGAACUGGAUUUGAUUCCCCAAUCCACCAUAUGAAGCCAGCUAGGUGACCUUGGGUCAGUCACAGUUCUCUCAGGCCCACCUGCCUCGCAGGGUGUCUCUUGUGGGGAAAGGAAGGGAAGGCUAUUGUAAGCCACUCUGAGACUCCUUCGGGUAGUGAAAAGCGGGGUAUCAAACCCAACUCUUCAGCUAUUCAGUAGGAAUUCAGCAACUGGCCGCACUGAUGGACCUCCUGAUGACCUGGUUUUUUUGGCCACUGUGUGACACAGAAUGCUGGACUGGAUGGGCCUUUGGCCUGAUCCAACAUGGCUUCUCUUAUGUUCUUAAAAUCUUUUCUUGGCUGUGGUGCUGCCUUCCUUCCUACUCAUAACUGGUAUUCCCUCCAGUUCUGAAGUGCAAAGCCAAAAGUUCCUUUCCUCUUGGUGUUUAGCUAUACGCUACAACUAUUGCGCCUCCCAUUCUCUAGAGACCAUGUGCUGCCUUAAUAAAAUCGAUGGAGAUUUAUA